AACACCCAUUCAAGUUAGGCGUAGAUGUGGAGACGAUCCCGACACGAAAAGAGACCAGACGACCCAUCUGCCUAUCGAUAAAAAGAUAAAACCGAAAAAAUGGCCACUACACAGCUGUCCCAGAGGCCUAGAACGAUGAAGAAACUGGAAAAGCCUCGUCCCUUGAAAAUUCAGCAAAGACACUCAACAAUCGAUGGGCGGAUAACAACAGCAGAGGACCUGGUAUCUCUGAUUGACAAUGUCGUGUCACACUUAACAAAUGGCUUCCAUGAUCCAUCACUUCAAACAAAUAUCGUGACAAUGUGCAAUGCAUUGAAACACUGCGCACCACAACUCGAGGCUGUUUACAAAGAUCAACUCGACAGGGCAUUUGUUGCUAUCAGGAAUGGAAGUCAGGACGAAAAACUCGAUUUGACGACUAGGGUUCAUUUGCUCGAACUGAUUGAGCUCAGGGCCAAGCAGUGGCGUCACAACGAUUCCAUGGAUGCUUACUACAUCCAGAAAUUGGCGAACUUGGAUGACAGCGAUAUUGGCAUUCUUGAUACACCUACUACACCAACAGCUAGCGGUGUCAUAGGCUUGGCAUCCCCGCAAACACCACCUAUUCUCAAUAUUAGUGAUGUCAUGAAGAACAGUGGAAAAUUCAUCAAGCCCACUCGUAUUCCUGGUAAAAAUUACUGCAAAGAUGAAGUCGUUAUUCGCAAUUGCGACUCCGGAAAAGUGAUGGGGAUAAAAGGGAGACGGGUACACAUGAUCGAAGAGCUCAGCGAGACGAUCAUCUCCUUCCAGCGAGUGAAUCCUGGAGCCAAAGAACGACUUGUCCAAAUAACGGGAACUUCCGAGGACAAGAUACAUUACGCAAAGGACUUAAUCAAAGACACGAUACAACGAAACGCUUCCCCAGUGCGCCUGGAGCACGUCGGGGUAGAUAAAAGUGGAAUUGGAGGUUCGAGUUCCUCAUUGAACAGCAGUGCCUCCGACGAGAGUAAUCGUCUGCAUCAGCAACAACAUCAGCACUCUUCUCGUCAGCGAUCAUCACUGCUCCAUAGUUUAUCAACAAACGACGCCAGUAUUGGUGAAUACAAGUACACGAUUACCGUGGGUAAUCAGGCACUCAAGAUUAUCGGAUCAAACCACGAUCUUGUUAGAACAGCAAAAUUGGUUCUCGAUGAACACUUCUCCGGGUGGACCGGCGAAGCUGAUCAACUCAGCAGUGGCAUCGAGUAUUUCAACUUCGAGGAGGAGGCUGGUUAUCCUUCCUCGAACUCAGUUGGCUCCAAUCGCAAUUCAGCAGUCAAUUUGAAUCUCAACGCGAGGAGGACCAGUAUGGAGAGUAAUCACACUUCGGAGAGUGAAGAGACAUUCAAGCCAAAGGAAAAUACAACUCCCAAAAAAACGAGUGAUAAUCGGGAGUUGACCUAUGAAUUUUUGCUACUCUGUGCAACCGGCCCCUACGCCAAACGACCACCAGCUGAUUGGGAUAGAAUUCAAAAGGAAUGUCCAACAAUCAUUCGUAAGGUAGAGUUACGACACUCAACUGGCAGCUGUGCUUUUCUUAAUUCCCAGAUUGGAUUUACCAAUGGUUCAGUUGAUGAUCGUAUCUUUUACCAAAAUCACUGUGAUCGUCAUCGCGUCUCAUACUAAGGCAUUCUCUCACAUUCCCCGUUAACCAUUAUUUUUAUUUUUAUCCUUUAUUAAUCGAUUGAUUACGAAUAUCCCAUGUUAUUUUUGCCAUUUUGUUUUCACUCGAUUCAUUCAAAAGUUUUUUUUUUGUUUCAUUUUUCAUAUUAAUACGGGGAGUUUAAAGUGGACUGAUUUAUUAUUUUAUGAAAGUUUAAAAGUUUAUUUCGUAAAUUAUUAAGACAAGAAAAAUGAAUAUCCAGAUAUUGAUUAUCUCGAGACUUUUUCAUUUCAUAUUUUGAAUCUCUUUAUUUUCUCAUAAAUAUUGGUUUAUUAUCAUUAAAUAUAUUUUUAAUUAGGUAUAUUUUCAUUUCUAUCAUACUCACUCGUUAACUCUACAGUAAAGUGGUAAGAAUUUUGUUGACCGUAUUCACCAAAUUCGAGAAAAAUAGCUCGACUUGAAAGGAACUAUUAAGGGACAUUUUUUUCAUACCAUCCAUUGAUCUGCGAAAAAAAUUCUUCGAAACUCUGCGCUAACCGAAUAGUUUUAGACAAUAUUUGCAUGAUAAUCUGCAGAUAUGUUUGCGCUGGACUAAUAUGCACUAUGUCACCGCUUGAUUAAUUAUUUAAUCGAUUGAUGACCUAUUUUUAAUGAAUUACCCUCAUCAAAUGAAAAAGGAGUGGACAACCUCGUAAGUUGAAUUGGAUUAUUAAAUGAACGUAAAGAUAAACAAUUGGUAUUUACACCUAGCAUCAAUAAAGGGGUGGCUUUGCUGAGAAUUAAUAGUAAAUGUGAGUUUCAAAGAGAAGAAAAAAAAACCAAAGUUACGAUAAGAAUAAUUGAGAUAAAAUAUCUUAUUAAUGAAUAAAUCAAAGAUUUAAUUAAAUAGAUAUUAGCUCAAAUAUAUCGAUAUAUUAGUAUUCAUUGGAGAUGAGCCCACAAAUGUAGAGGGACAAGCGUGACUAAAGAGAGCAUUGACUUAGGAUCAACAAAAAUUGUGGCAAAUCAAAUGUUUGACUGAUUGAUGCGUUUGUUGAUUAACAUUGAUUUUGUGAUAUCAUAUACAAUAAAACUAAUUUCACUUGA